CCAUGACUUGCGCCUUACAAUCCUCUGUGUCGCGUGCCUGCCCUUGUACAAUUGACGACACGCUUUCUGGCGGCCGACCGCUUGCGCAUGCGAACGCCCCCGGGAGCUCCAAUGCUACCGGCGCAUUUAAAUUCUCCGUGCUACAAAACCCUGCGCCCCGCCUGGUCGUCCUGCGUAACGAAUGACGGAGACACAAAAGAACGCGCCCAAGGGAUCCAAUGGCACGGCCGCCCGCGUCACGGACUCGGACAGCGUGGAGGCGUCCAUGACUACGACGGGAGCUGGUAAUAAUAGACACAACGGCACGACCAAGUCCACCACCGCACCGCAGAAGCCCGCGUCGACAGCGAACCCUGGCAACAAUGGCGACAGCAAGGAGCCUGGCAGCGGUGCAAAGAGCGGCAAGAAGCGUCGGAAGGUCAAUCAUGCAUGCAUCUACUGCAGACGCUCGGUGAGCUCCCAGAGCCUAUUGCCUUCAAAAUUUCCCCCUUUACCUCCCUCAUUCCCUGGUCCCGUACAUCGUCUUUGAUUGGCAGUUGCGAAUUGCAGCGUGCCCAGGUGCCCGUGAGAGCGAAGACGAUGGAGACGGUGUUUGCUAACGUUACCUGUGCCUCCGUUCCAGCACAUGACCUGCGAUCUCGAUCGACCAUGUACGCGAUGCAUCAAGAGAAACAUUGGCCAUCUGUGCCACGAUGAGCCGCGAGAGCCAUCCAAGAAGUCGAAGUCGGACCAGACGGCAGGCCCCGAGAACGAGCCUCCGCAGAAGCUCGAUCCUACUGGCACAGGUGGAUCGCUCAGUCUAGGUAGACAGCAGACGGAUGCCGCAGGCCUUGGGUUGAGCCGCCUCGGUCAGAACCAAGGCAACACGGCGUCACUCAUGCAGCCCACACCCGUCGCCGCGCAACGAGCCUCUUCCAUGGCAGGCAGUAGCCAAACACCUUUACUUGGGUUUCAAGACUGGACCUUCAGCUUAGGGUCGCCGCCCCAGACCAAUUUCCCGGGAGACAUGCACAGCUUCCACCCUCAGUAUUCCUUUGGGACGUCCGAAGUGUCGAACGAAUACAAUCUGCUCAACGACUUUUUGACCAACAGCAUGCUGGAAGACGGGGCCAUGUACUCUAACGAGGAUGCAAACACCCUUUUCCAGCAGGACACCUCUUUUCCAAACACGAUACACACGCUCAACAAUAACCUCUUCGCCUCAAGCCUUCAACCAAGCCAGUCAAAUCAAAUGUUGCCUCCGUCUCAGGCUGCGGUAGGAAAUGCCAUAUCUCGACCUACGUCGGGCUUCCCUCUCGACAAAGCCCGCGAAGCCUUCUACAUGACUGCAGCUGACCCUGCAGGCAAUGAUUCCCCAGCCGAACGCCUCAAGAAGCUAAUGCGAGCCAAGUACGAAGCUGGCCUGCUUAAGCCAUUCAAUUAUGUCAAAGGAUACGCUCGUUUGAGCGAAUAUAUGAGCAAGAACCUGGCGCCGCAAUCAAGGAACCGAAUAGUGCGUCAGCUUGACAACUUCCGGCCAAAGUUUAGAGAGCGAAUGCAGGCACUAACGGAUAUGCAAUUGGUGCUCGUCGAGAUUGAAUUCGAGAGGCGACUGAUGGAGUACGACCGCGUUUUUGCCAGCAUGGCGAUUCCUGCGUGCUGCUGGAGACGUACGGGUGAGAUCUACAGGGGGAACAACGAGAUGGCGAAGCUGCUGGGCGUACCGAUCGAAAUGCUGCGUGACGGUAAGAUGGCUAUUCACGAGAUUUUCGCCGAAAACUCGCUCGUCAGCUACUGGGAGAAGUUUGGUGCCAUCGCAUUUGACUCGUCACAGAAAGCCAUACUCACCAGUUGCUCGUUACGAACACGAGAUCGCAACGCGCCGGAGCCCGAGCUUAGGUGCUGUUUUUCCUUCACCAUUCGUAGAGAUACCCAUCAUGUCCCUUCACUUAUCGUUGGCAACUUCUUGCCCAUCAAAGCAGCCGAUACAUAGGCCAUUUGCACUCUGGGGAACAGGGUGCUGCGCCAAUCAUCCAGCAUGACUCACUUGGUUACCAAAAGACACAGGAGCCGCUUUGAAUCUAGGGGAUGAGGGUGCGACGUCAGGGUAUGUAGUGUACAUAAAAGCGAGCAUCACCAGCAAAAUGAAGGGACCAUUGUAGUUUGGAAGGGUUCGUUAAAAGGCUGUACGCGCCCGACUACACGUCGGUUCAUGCGCAAUGGUUUUUUGUCAUCAUUAGUGGGCGGCGCGUUCAGCGAAAAUUAGCCAACAAUUCAAUUUCUGGAUCAAACGCUUGCGUCGUCUUCGUCAGCAAUCUGGGGCACUGCUGCUCACAGCGAGAAGGAGCGAUGAUUCAGUCGCGACUUCUCUCUCCUCUCCAGGGGGUUGGUACCUACCUGUCGAGGAGGCUCUUCAGUCCUCGUUAUUAUCAACGUCUCGAAAGCCUUCUUCUCUCAACCUUUCCCGCUUCUAGG